AGUAUCGCGGGCAUUGGGAUGAAACGACCGGGUGUCGCAAAUGAUUCCUCUCACAGGGUCAAGCGAGGUCGGGUGCGGAGCUUUUCUGGGCAGUGGGGCUUCAUCAACUCCCCGGAGUUCUCAGGUGACCUCUUUGUGGGCCUGCGCCGAAACCCGCAGCUGUCUGGCCUGGCGCCAGGGGAUGAGGUGGACUUCGCAGUGGCCGAGGUGGACGGCAAGUUGGAGGCCACUGAGGUGCAACUUGUCAGAUUGAAUGAGAGAAGGGAGGAGGUGCUGACGGCAAGGCCAAUGGCGCAGGUGACGCACCUCGUUGGCCAGAGGUUUGCGGGGAAUGUCCGCUUCAGGGACUCUUGGGGACGCAACCCGGACCUUGAGCCAAUUCUCGCGGGCGAUCCCGUCAAUUUCCAGGUUGCGGAAGACGGCGACCAAUGCCACGCUGACAGUGCCACGGUGCCCAAAAGCACGCUGAGUGAUUUGCACGGGCGACACUUGUCUGGUUGGGUGAAGAGCUUCAAAGGCAAUUGGGGCUUGAUCCAGUCCUCGCACUUCGAUGGCGACCUCUUUGUCGGGCUGGGGAGAAACCCGCAGCUCAAGAUGCCUCUAGUGCCGGGCGAAGGUGUGACAUUCUUAGUCAACCGUGAUGAGCGAGCUGGAAAGUUCCAGGCCACAGAGGUGCAAUCUGAUACUUCUGUGGACAUUCCGCCGGGCGUUGCCAGGCCAAUUGCAGGGCAGCCGGAGGAUGGGGCCAGGCAAGAGGCGCGCGAGUUGCCUGAGUUGGUGGGAGAAGUCUGCGCUGGUGUGGUCAAGAGCUUCCGGGACGGCUGGGGCUUUGUGAACUCCGACGCCUUCGUAGGGGACCUGUUCCUACACGAGGGCUCCAACCCUGGCCUCCCAAGGCUACAACCAGGUGACCCCGUGGAGUUUGUGGUGCAACUCCAGGGCAAGCUGGGCACAGCUCUGGGCAAGCCACACGCAACCAACGUGAAGCUGCAGUCGCAGGCCACGUCUUUUUCUCGGUGGACAGGUCAGCUUUGCAGUGGCACUGUGAAGAAGUUCAGCGGCGAGUGGGGUUUCAUUGUGUCUCCGCAGUUUGAGGGCGACCUCUUCGUUGGCACCCGAAGCAAUCCACACAUCUCGGGCGGUCUUCUGGCUGGCGACAUCGUGGAGUUUGAGGUGUUCAGAGAGAAGGGCAAAGAAGCUUUUGAGGCAGUGAAGGUGAGAGUUCUUAGUUCGGUGCUGCCACUGCCAAGUCUGCGUCGUCAAGCCUCCGGAGGGACGAAGCAGAUCUCCACGCCUGCAAACGCGUCGGCCAAGGAGUUUAGCCGUAAACGGUUUGGUCAGGAGGGGCAGAUGCUGACAGGCACCAUCAGGAGCUUCAAAGGCGACUGGGGCUUCGUGAACUCCCCUGCCUUUGCCGGAGACUUGUUCAUCGGCACCAAGUCCAACCGACACCUGGCGGGGAGAUUCACGGAAGGAGCAUCCGUCCGGUUUCUCAUAGACAUCAACUCCGGGAAGGCCGAGGCAACUCAGGUGGAGCUCAUCUGAGAGACGGUGAGUUGGACAGCGCGAUUGGUGCAAAAGUGGCGUAGAGAGACUGGGCUGGGCGCUGGAUAUGUGAAGGGCGAUUGCUCGACUCCAAGGUAUACUUAGACCCGCGGGCGGUCCAAAAUGACCCCCGGUGAAAAC